CCUUUGAAUAUAUUUAUGCGACACCCAUCUCGAAAAGCAAAGAGAAAUUACAGACGAAUGGUUUGAACCCCGUAGAUCUUUGAGUUUGAAUUGUAUUUAAGCAUGGUAGGAUACUACGAUGUUGUAUUUGAGUAAAACUAUUUUAUGUAUAUUUAUAUUUACACCAAAUAAAACUAUUUUAUAUUUUUUAGAUCAGUGAAUUGUAAUUUUUUAUUCUUUUUUUUAAUUGUAAUUUUUUAUUCUAUCCGUAUAAAAUACUUAUUUCUACAGUUAAUAAAAUUCUUAUUUUUAAAAUCAAACAUAGAUAUCUCCCGGUCUAUUAUUGCACACAAUAUUUUUGAGUGGAAAAUUGAAGAUAUUAUGUUUUAAUAAUUAAUUUCAUUGAUAUUUCGGCCAAAAAUCCAUUUGAAACGUCCACUAUCUUGCAUGCUCAUUAUUACUUUUUAUUAUAAUAGAAAAGCUUACCAACUUGAAAUAUUAAAAUACCCAAACUUUGGUUAUAAAUAGUUCCACAUUCUCAUUCCUCAAAAAAUCAAGCCAUUCCAACUAUCCAAACUAGAAAACCAACCAAACAAACAUACAAUAUGGCUUCGUCACCAAAAAUCCUCUCCUUACUUCUCUUCUACGUCGUCAUUUCAUUAGCCUCCAGUGAUGAGUCCAUCAUCAAUGACAACCAUCUCAGUCUUCCAUCUGACCGGUCGUGGAGAACCGAUGAAGAAGUGAUGUCCAUCUACUUAAAAUGGUCCCUGGAGCACGGGAAAAGUAACAUCAACAGCAACGGUAUUAUCAACCAACAAGAUGAAAGAUUCAAUAUUUUCAAAGACAACCUCAGAUUCAUCGAUCUACACAACGAGAACAACAAGAACGCUACGUACAAGCUUGGUCUAACCAUAUUCGCUGAUCUCACUAACGAUGAGUACCGGAGUUUAUACCUCGGGGCAAGAACCGAGCCUGUCCGCCGCAUCACUAAGGCCAAGAACGUUAACAUGAAAUACUCAGCCGCAGUAAACGACGUGGAGGUUCCGGAGACGGUUGACUGGAGACAGAAAGGAGCCGUUAAUGCCAUUAAAGACCAAGGAACUUGCGGAAGUUGUUGGGCGUUUUCAACAGCUGCAGCAGUAGAAGGUAUAAACAAGAUCGUAACAGGAGAACUCAUAUCUCUGUCCGAACAAGAACUUGUCGACUGCGACAAAUCGUACAACCAAGGCUGUAACGGCGGUCUAAUGGAUUAUGCUUUUCAAUUCAUAAUGAAAAACGGCGGAUUAAACACCGAGCAAGACUAUCCUUACCACGGAACCAAUGGCAAAUGCAACUCUUUACUUAAGAAUUCAAGAGUUGUAACUAUCGAUGGAUACGAAGAUGUUCCUAGUAAAGAUGAAACCGCGUUGAAGAGAGCAGUUUCAUACCAGCCUGUGAGUGUUGCUAUUGAUGCUGGUGGAAGAGCUUUCCAACAUUACCAAUCUGGGAUCUUCACUGGAAAGUGUGGUACGACUAUGGAUCACGCUGUUGUGGCGGUUGGUUAUGGAUCAGAGAACGGUGUUGACUAUUGGAAUGUACGUAACUCUUGGGGUACAAGCUGGGGAGAGGAUGGUUACAUUAGGAUGGAGAGAAACGUGGCGUCCAAAUCCGGUAAGUGUGGGAUUGCGAUUGAAGCCUCGUAUCCGGUUAAGUACAGCCCAAACCCGGUUCGUGGAACCAGCAGUGUUUGAAGUUAACAAAAAGAAACUCAAUAAUCAAAUUGGGAUUGUUAUAAGUUAAAUUAAUCUUGUAUUAUUGUUUGUAUGUAUAGUAUUUCGAAAAAAUUGAUUCACCAUAGGGAUUUAAUCUGUAUAAAUCUCUAUGUUGGUCAAUAUCAUUUCAUUCAAAGAAUAUUUGCUUUGGCUUGAUUAUGUAUUAAGAGAAAUAUAAUAAAAUGAUAUAUUUCUCAACA